CCUCGAACCUCGAGACCUUAAGUAUAAAGGUCACCGCUGCCUUUGUACGCUAGAAGAUAUCCUUGUGGCAUACUGGGCUGGCCGAGGAUACGCUGUCAACGCCACCGAGACGCGAUCCCGUGCGCCUCGACUCCUUUCUUCAACUUCUUCCUCGUCUUCUUCCCUCCACUUCCUUAGCAUCUUCUAAAAUGCCGCCGAAACGCAAGGCCUCCCUGACCGUGCCCGCAGCUGAAGCUCCUUAUGGAUAUGAGUUUUUCGGACCUCCAGGCGCUAUUGCAAUUUCAAUUGGCUUGCCUGUGGUCUGCUAUGCUCUGGCAUUCUUCUGUAACGACGUCUCUGGAUGUCCGGCGCCUUCGCUUCUCCAUCCAUACAGCUUCAGCUUUGAUAAUCUGAAAGAGGAAAUAGGAUGGCAAGGGAUGUCGAAUAUCAUCAACACAAAAGCUGUCAUCGGCACUCUUGGUUACUAUUUCCUGAGCCUGGCUCUGUAUGCCUUUCUCCCAGCAGAGACGCCGGAAGGCACGGAAUUACGGUCGGGUGGGAAACUAAAGUAUCGAUUCAAUUCUUUCAGCUCAGCAAUCUUCAUCGUAGUCAUUCUUGCCGCAGGGACUGCCGUUGAGGGUGCUGACUUCCCAGUCUGGACUUUCAUCUCUGACAACUUUGUUCCGUUGCUCACCACCAACAUCCUGAUUUGUUUCUUCCUGGCAGUCUACGUCUAUGUUGCCUCUUUCUCUGUCAAGCACCCCAAGGACCCCAACAUGCGCGAGCUAGCCGCUGGAGGCCACAGCGGCAAUGUAAUCUACGACUGGUUCAUUGGUCGUGAACUAAACCCCCGAGUGAAUUUCCCUCUGUUCGGUGAAGUCGACAUAAAAUCCUUCAUGGAGCUGCGCCCUGGAAUGCUCGGCUGGAUCAUCCUCGAUCUCGCGUUUGUCAUGCAACAAUACCGCAAUUUUGGCAAAGUCACCGACUCGAUGCUGCUCAUCACAGCUGCGCAGACUAUCUACGUUUUCGAUGCGCUGUAUAUGGAACCCGCGAUUUUGACCACCAUUGAUAUUAUCUCUGAUGGCUUUGGAUUCAUGCUUUCCUUUGGUGAUCUCGCUUGGUUGCCGUUCACCUACUCCAUCCAAGCACGCUAUCUUGCCACUUAUCCUGUCGAGCUAGGAUUGAAAGGAAUUGUUGGUGUUUUUGCUGUCCAAGCAACAGGCUACUAUAUCUUCCGCUCCGUAAACAACGAGAAGAACCGGUUCAGGACGAACCCUAAUGAUCCUCGAGUCAAGCACCUAACAUACAUCGAGACAGCCGCUGGGUCCAGACUUCUAACUUCAGGCUGGUGGGGAACAGCCCGUCAUAUCAACUAUCUCGGAGACUGGUUCAUGAGCUGGGCUUACGUCCUCCCAACUGCCGCUGCAGGAUAUGUGAUUCGCAACGCAGCCGAGCAUCCCGUUUCCGCGGCUUCGACCGACGCGAUUUUCUUCCGCAACUCGUAUGGCAGAUACGUCAUUCCAGGAGACGCCAAGGGGUGGGGCAUGAUCUUCACAUACUUCUACAUGCUUUACUUCGCCAUUCUAUUGAUCCACCGCGAGCGAAGGGAUGAGGAGAAGUGUCGUAGGAAAUAUGGCAAGGACUGGGACAGGUACUGCGAGCUGGUACCGUACCGUAUCUUGCCAUACGUCUACUAGAUAAAUGUCUGGGCAGGGGUUGGGUCGAUGGAACGCUAUCGGACCGGAUCUGGAUCUGAUCGAAGACGUACAUCUUGUAAUAUCAGAAAUGGGUGAGGUUGGGUGUCACGCUAUCGCUUGGUCGAUCAAAGACGUGCAUCUAAAAAGUAGAUACGUUAGGAGUACAGGAUGGCAUGCUACCACUGCGGCGGUCGAAGACGUGCAUCCAAAAGUAAUGCUUAAUCUUUAGGGUAGAGAAACGGGGGAGUAGGUGCCAUGCUAUCGGCUUGGAAAUAAGCACGAUCGAAGACAUGCAUCUAAAAAAGUGUAUCAAGUGACCAAUGGUCCGUGCGUUGAAU